CUUCCGAUCUCACACACCGAUCAACACUCGCCUCCCGCCGCCACCUCGCGUUCCCCGAUUCCUCUGCUCCGCCGUCCACGCGAACGCCGAAGCCCCAUCUCUGAAUCCUGACCACCGCCGCAAGCCCGCAGGCGGAAGCGGACACCAAUGGCGCUCCUCGCGCCGAGCCCGCGCGCGCUCUGCGUGCGGGAGGUCGCGGCGGCGGCGGCGCCGCCCCCGCACUCGUCAGCCGCUUGCUCGAACGUCGGCGGCGGGGCGGCCGGGCGGGCCCUGUGGGUGUGGAACGGCGGCGGGAGGGGGAGGAGGAGGGAGCGCCGGGAGAGGGUCAGGGCGGAGGCCUACUUUUGGGACGUGUCCAAGCCGGUGGAGAUGGAGGAGAUCGACAGCAUGGAGAAGCUCGACGAGGCGCUCAGGUGGUCCGUCGAGAACAACCAGGCCGUCAUCAUCGACUGGAUGGCUAGUUGGUGUCGGAAAUGCAUUUACCUGAAGCCCAGACUGGAGAAGAUAGCAGGAGAAUAUCCAGGAGUCAGGUUUUACUUUGUUGAUGUCAAUAAAGUUCCACAAGCGGUGGUAAAAAGAGGAAAUAUAACCCUGACUCUUUUAUCUUUCUCUGUGCUGGGCAUGCGGCUUUUCCAUUGGCCUGUACGUGUACCUUCAGAAAAUGCCCACAAUUCAGUUAUGGAAGGAUGGAGAAUGGAAAGCAGAGGUAAUAGGAGGCCAUAAAGCUUGGCUUGUGAUGGAUGAGGUUAGAGAAAUGAUCCAGAAGAACAAAUAACUAAACACCCAAGCAGUGCAAUUGAUAUUGUACUGCAAAAUGUAUAUAUAGAGAGAUGUCAGCUGACCUCUUCAUAUGCUAAGUCAGCAAUCAAAUCAAUAAAUCUAUAUUUCAGCUCCUUAUCACAGCAGAGCUGGUCAACACUGUUUUGAUCUCCAA